AAGAAUGUUGAAGAGAUGUUUACAUGUUGUUGACAUGAAACUUGUGUAGUGCAUCUGGUUAAAGUGCCUUCUAAUUUAUUGGAUUACUAAUUUAAACUAUCCUGCUUCUUGUUACUCAAAGAAUUAGUGGAUAUUUCCCUCUGCACUGCCGGCUUGUUUUACAAAUCUUUCCAAAUUUUGUCAACCAUUCAGGAUGAGUUCUAAGUCGUAUCCUCGUCCUAUCGAUCACAAAGAAUACCUUCGAAUAAAGUAUGGAGCUGGUGAAGAUUUAAAUGGAAAACCUAAGAAAAGGAGGAAGAAAGAGAUUGAUGAAAUAAGCAAAGAGACUAACUUCAAAAUCUUUGAUGAUGAUAUUGAGCUGAAAAAGAUAAGAAAGAAAAAAGUGAUCGAUGACUUGGAUGUUUAUUUCGGCGUCCAAGAAGACAGACCUGUUGUUGAAGAUGUCAUAGACGAAAGGCCGUUAGCUUUAAAACACAAGGAUGGCAAGAAUUCUAAGUGGAAGCCUUUGCAUGACGAUAAAGAUGAAGAUGAAACUAGUACAGAUGUUCCGGUUAAAAUGCGAUCAGUUGUCGGAGAGAAUAAAGCAGAUAUCAAGAAAAAGAAAGUUAAUCAUGGAUUGACAUCAGCUGGAGAGAUGAGAGAGGAAAGGAAAAGAUUAAAAGAAGAAGAAGCUCGAAUGCUUGAAAAGCUGGACCCUCAAUUAACUGGUAAAGGAGCUAAAUCCGUGUACCGUGAUAAAAAAACUGGAAGAGUUAGAGAUCUUGAAAAGGAAGCUGCCAGGGAAAAAGAAAAGGAAGCUAAACACGCUGCAGAGAGACAAAAGUUCAAAGAAAAGACUGCAGGACUUAAACAAAUCGAGGAGACUAAAAAGAGAAUUGAAGAUGAAGCAAUUGAAAUGGAGAAACCACUUGCUAGAUAUGAAGAUGAUGCUGAUCUCGAAGCUCAUUUAAAAGAGUUGUGUGCUAAUAGAGAGUUGCAUGAUGAUCCAAUGGCUGCAUAUUUUCGAGAAAAAAAACAGCAAAAAGACAAAGAAGAUGAACUUAGCGGUGAUAAAAAAAGUAAAUUAGUUUACAAAGGAUCAGUCCCAGCUCCACCAAAUAGAUUCAAUAUUCCUCCAGGUCACCGUUGGGAUGGUGUUAAUAGGAGUAAUGGUUAUGAACAAAAGUAUUUCGCCAGUUUAGCUGAAAAAGAAGCCAUCAAAGAAGAAGCCUAUCGAUGGUCAACCGAGGAUAUGUAAAUAAUGUAAAAACCUUAACUGAAUGCUGUAAGCUUACAUGGACAUGUACAAUUCAGCCAGGAGAGAAACAGUCAUUUUUAUCAUAAAAUUUUGUCCCAACAACUUUAAUCUGAGCCAUGCUGACGAAGAACACAACUUUUUUUAUUUAAUUUAUUUUAACAUGAUGAAUUUCGAAAGAAACUGUUUUUCUCUCUGAACCUAAAUAUUAUUUAAUGUCCCUCAAUGGACAUUAUAUUUUAUGAAAAGGGUUUCGAUCAGAGCAAUUACUUCGCUAAUCGCUCGACAAGAUCCAUAAUCUGAGGAUCCUUCACCAGAAGGAAUUAAUUAAACUCAGGUUGUGCAGAAUCGUGAUCAGUCAAAAGAUUCUGGGAACUUAAUUUUUGGUUAUUUUGGAGGAGGAAGAAGAGUUUAAGCUCUUUUUCGCCUCCACCUAAAAAAAUAAAAGCAGAUUUUAUUCCAUUUA